AUGAUUGCGACCGUUGUCGCUCCUCGGACGAUGCCCUCGUUGACGGCCGACCAGAGCGACUCUACCACCCACGGCCACACCAUCCAGACUUAUACGCUUCCCACGCGCACCCUGUCCGACAAGUCUCUGUUCGGCGGCGACUAUGCCGAGAAGGUGCACCGUGGCGCAGCCCCCACAAUGAACGGCAAGCCCGUCGGCGGCUCCAUCAUGCAGUCGAUACCCAACGGCCGACCUGUGCAACCAUCAAGCGCUGAGAAGCGAACAUCGCAGCAGGCGGACGGCAGCGUGGGCAGGCAGCGAGGCUCGAGUAUUGGCAAACAAAGUCCCUUCAGCACGUCGGAACCGCUGCGGCUCAACUCCGGCGAGCUAUCUGGCAGGGAUGAUGGCUACUUCGCGUCAGUCCACGGUAGUGAGCAGCACGAUGGCUGCAAAACUACUCACGUUACCCUCAACGCGACGAGCCCGUCUGCUGCACACAAAGAAGCCAGCAAAGACCUCGCCCCGCCCUACAAGACCAGCACCGAGUCGCAGCCGCCUAAUCCGCAGAGCAACCUGCAGGUUCCAGGCUCGACCUACCGCGUCUCCUCCCCUCCCGCCUUCAACCACACCACACCAAGCCCUGCCGAAGCGCCCUACCGUCUGCAGCAUCGGCACACACUCGAGGUGCCCAGCGUCUCCGCAGCCCGCGCCCAGGGCCUUCGAAACAACAACAACAACAACAACACCGAUGAUGUCGUGACUGCGAGCGGUAGGUUCUCUCCAGCCAACACUCCCACCCGCCGCCGAGGGUCAAUGUCUUUGGCACGCCGGACAACCCGCUCCAUACACUCCGACAUGCAUCUCGACGAGGUGCCCCAGGAUGAGGACGCCGCGCGGUGGGCCGAACACAUCAGGCAAAAGCGGGCCAGCAAGAGGAAGCGGAGGGACGACGAAGACGACGACCGCGUUGUCGUCGGCACAAAGGUCGACCAGAACCACGUCAAUUGGGUGACGGCCUACAACAUGCUCACGGGCAUCCGGUUCACCGUCUCGCGGACUAACGCAAAGAUGGACCGCGACCUCACGGAUGCCGACUUUGACGCCAAGCACAAGUUUUCUUUCGAUAUGUACGUGCCGGAAGACUUCUCAUUUGCCGGAAAUGAACUUACGCCAUCCGCAAAAUACGACUUCAAGUUCAAGGACUACGCGCCCUGGGUCUUCCGCCACCUUCGCAGCAUCUUCGGUCUCGACCCCGCCGACUACCUUGUGUCGCUGACGAGCAAAUACAUCCUUUCCGAACUAGGCUCGCCCGGCAAGAGCGGGAGCUUCUUCUAUUUCUCCCGGGACUACAAAUACAUCAUCAAAACUAUACAUCAUGGCGAACACAAGUUCCUCCGAAAGAUUCUUAAGAACUACUACGACCAUGUCCAGGAGAACCCGAAUACAUUACUCUCUCAGUUUUAUGGCCUACAUCGCGUAAAGAUACCCUACGGACGUAAGAUUCAUUUCGUUGUCAUGAACAAUCUAUUUCCUCCGCAUCGAGAUAUCCACCGCACGUUUGAUUUGAAGGGGUCGACAAUCGGACGAGACUUCAAAGAGGAGGGGCUCGAGGAGAAUCCGCGUGCUACCCUGAAGGAUCUCAACUGGUUACGACGGGACCAACAUCUGGAGUUUGGACCGGCAAAGAAGAAGGCGUUUGUCGAGCAGAUGCAAAGGGAUGUCAAGCUUUUGCAAAAGUUGCAUAUCAUGGACUACUCAAUGCUCAUUGGAAUACACGAUUUGGGGAAGGGGAACGAGGAGAACCUACGAGACAAGACGUUGCAGGUGUUCCAACCGGGCGGAGAGGCGGGAGACGCUCAACCUAACAUGCUCACGCGGACACCGUCAAAGCUUGAAAGCGCACGGAAGGCUAAGGAGUUGAGGCAGAUGAUCAAGACGCAGAAACCUGUGCCCAUGGACCAGACUGCGACUAAGAUGCCUGAUGAGCUAGAAGGGCAGCAGAAGAAUAACUACUUCUAUGUCGACGACGGUGGUUUCAGAGCCACGCAUGAGGACGAUACACCGGGCGAGGAGAUAUACUACCUCGGAAUCAUCGACUGCCUGACACACUACAACCUCAUCAAACGCAUAGAGCACAGGUGGAAGGGCUUGACGAACGAAGAAUCGCAGAUCUCCGCUAUUCCACCCGAAAGAUACGGCGACCGAUUCCUAAAGUUCAUUAGCAGCGUCACCAAGACACGCGAAGCCGCCGAGCGAGAAAAAGCCGAAGAGUCCGCACACACACCCAGCGACCCCGUCCUCGCAGGAAUCAACGACACUCGCAGCGAACGCGAAUCGACCGAGAAAGUCUUCCACAAAGCUCACAAUCAAGCAGAGCACACGAAGCGCCACGGCGCAAGCGAGGAAGAUAUCCCUAAGCGUGAAAUGCGCAUCGUACGCAGCCCAUCAGCAGAGCGAGGCGAACUAGGCACCACGCUUCCCGUCGUCGAAGAAGCACAAGAGACUUCGAGCACGGGCGGUCGAAGUGCACGAAGUACAGACACCAACUUCGCCGCGCCGCCUCUCCGUCAGGAACACCGAGGUCUGCAAAACGGAUCACGAGAAAGAGAUCAGAGCCAUCCACGGCCGCCGCCCACCCCACCUAAGGAUUCGGGCACAGGCACCAGCGAGCGACCGCCUACACCGCCAAAGGACCCGGGGUAUAACCAGCGACAUUCGGGGCCGCCGACGCCGCCGAAAGAGGAGCGUGAACGCGGUAGGGGAAAGGACAAGGAGUUGCCGCAUUUGCCGCCUAUGGAAACGGUCGUGAGAGUUAAUUAG